CAGCGAGUGGCUGGUGGCCAGAUUGCAGAGUACCAGCCACGGCCCUCUCUUUGAAGGUGGAAUCAUUAAAUCACUCCGCUUCGCCUCCCUCCGGGCCCCAGUCCACACUGACUCUCCGAACUGUGUCUUCCUCCCAUGCUCAUCAGUGGUUUGUGUUCAGGACCUAAUUAAUCCCGGAUAUGAGGAAGGGGUCAGGAAGACAAAGAGCUUUACCUCCCAAUGGCCCCCCUUUUAUUAUCCGUGGGCGAUCAAGAGGCCUUCGGCCGAUUUCCUCCCAGUCUAGGAAUAUAUGAAAAUGAAAGCAUUUCGGGGAGAACCUGAACAGCACUCUUCUUUGCUUCACUCCACCCUAAGGCAGAAAUUGGAUUCAUUUACUCUCUUCCCCCUAAGAUGGGUGGGGGUGGAAAGGCAGUUGAGAACUAUUGUAGGGACGCCUGGGUGGCUCAGUCGUUAAGCAUCUGCCUUCGGCUCAGGUCAUGAUCCCAGGGUCCUGGAAUCGAGUUCCGCAUCGGGCUCCUUGCUCGGUGGGGAGCCUGCUUCUCCCUCUCCCUCUGCUGCUCCCCCUGCUUGUGCUCUCUCUGACAAAUAAAAAUCUUUAAAAAAAAAAAAAUGCAUUUAUCUAAAAAAAAAAAAAAAGAACUGUUGUAAAUAUUCUGCUAAGCCAGGGUUGCUAACCCCAGGCCAAAUGAGGUUGAGUUUACACUACAGCCAAGGAAUGGAAGACACUCCUCAUGGGGGAUGGACCUCAAACAGAACCUCUGCCCUCUAGAUCAACUGGCCGCGAGGCUCAGCCCCCACCCCUUCUUCCUCCCUCCUGUGUCCUGAGUCACCUUCUGGGACUUGGGAGUUGAGCACCAUGGGGACUCCAAAUGACCAGGCAGUGUUGCAGGCCAUCUUCAACCCUGACCACCCAUUUGGAGACCUUGUUGGGUUGGACAUGGGAGAGGAAGUGGAGAAGGAAGACGUUGAUGAAGAUGGAGUUUUCCCGCGAGCACAGAUGGAGCAGUCCAAGGUCCUGGAGCUGCAGGGGGUGAUGGCCGCAGAGGCUGGUGACCUCAGCACAGCCCUGGAGAGGUUUGGCCAAGCCAUCAACCUGCUGCCUGAGAGGGCCUCUGCCUACAAUAACCGGGCCCAGGCCCGCCGACUCCAAGGAGAUGUGGCAGGCGCCCUGGAGGACCUGGAGCGCGCCGUGACGCUGAGCGGCGGCCGGGGCCGCGCCGCGCGCCAGGGCUUCGUGCAGCGCGGGCUCCUGGCGCGGCUGCAGGGCCGGAACGACGACGCCCGCGGGGACUUCGAGCGGGCGGCGCGGCUGGGCAGCUCGUUCGCGCGGCGCCAGCUGGUGCUGCUCAACCCCUACGCCGCGCUGUGCAACCGCAUGCUGGCCGACGUGAUGAGGCAGCUGCGCGGGCCCUGUAACGGCCGCUGAGCCGAACCAAUAAAGCUGCUGGCUCUCCCGGACUCGCGCCCGUGUCUGCGUCCAGCCGCCGGGGCCCCAGCCGCAGGGCACUCCGCUGUCC